CCACGAUCUUCUCACCGACAAACUUGCCAAUCACCCCCUUCAGCGGCACCGUUCAAUCCACGAGGUAAGUCGAGAAAAAAGAACAAAAAACAAGGCAUAAUCACCUUGUUCGCCCAUGAUGGCGACUUGAUCCGACAGGAACUUCUUGCCUUUUCCUUGAUGCCGGAGGAGAGCAAUCAGACGAGUCGUGCGAUCACGAGAUACCGAUUCUUUUUUUCGACCUCCAUCUUCGCCUCGACGGACGAUGCGGUGGCCCCUUGGCUGGCGGCUGCCCGACGCCGACGACGAUGACAUCUGAUACGCUCUCCUCUUAGCAACGAGCUGGCAGAACCCUCCUGUUGGUCGAAUGUCGCCUGGGAGGGCACUCUCCACGCUCAACAGGCCCAUUGGAAGGCUAACAUGCAAUUUUCUUCGCUGGCAGAUACCUCAUUUCCCGAGACUUGAGAAUCUCCGCAUACAUCAACCGCCAAGAUGGUCCGCACUUCCGUUCUCCACGAUGCUCUCAAGAGCAUGAACAACGCCGAGAAGGCCGGCAAGCGCCAGGUGCUCAUCCGCCCCAGCUCCAAGGUCAUCGUCAAGUUCCUCCAGGUCAUGCAGCGCCACGGUUACAUCUCGUCAUUCGAGGAGGUCGACGACCACCGCUCCGGCAAGAUCGUUGUCCAGCUCAACGGCCGCCUCAACAAGUGCGGUGUCAUCUCUCCCCGCUACAACGUCCGUCUCUCCGACCUCGAGAAGUGGGUUGUCAAGCUGCUCCCCGCCCGUCAGUUCGGCUACGUCAUCCUCACCACCUCUGCUGGUAUCAUGGACCACGAGGAGGCCCGUCGCAAGCACGUUGCCGGCAAGGUCAUCGGCUUCUUCUACUAAGCGUUGGAAACCCAAAAAGUCUGAUGGAAGAAUGAACAAAAAGGGGCGUGGGACAUCUGGCGUUUGGGGGAAUAACUUGGGUUAGCCAUGGCCGAUACCAGAGGAUGCCAUUGAGCUAGGAUCUCAUUUACACCAAAAGCAAUGAACUUCAACCAAGACCCCACCAAUACGAGCCAGUUCUCAUGUGUCAAUUUCAAGUGUGCAACGUGUGCUAUGCAAGUCCUGUCCUAAAGCUGAAUUAUGCGUGCCUGCUUGUUUCCCCAAGUAGACGCCAUUGCGUGCUACCGCCCAGAGCAAUGUUCGCAGGUGAUUGUAAUAUGCUUCUCAACCCUGUGCCCUGAAAGCUUGAGAAGCCGGACUCCCUGAUUCAUGAUGUUGCACAAUGGCUCGAGCAUGGCGAGUUCAUGUAGCUACACCUCAUUCGCAACAGGCAUAUCCCGUAAUAAUUUGUUUGCGCAAAAGGCAAAACUCCCAAACCCCCCCCCCCC